AUGCUGCUGUCUGCAGUGUGCGUAAUGCUGAAUUUGGCUGGUUCCAUUCUCUCUUGUCAGAACGCUCAGCUGGUAAAGUCCCUGGAAGGAUGUCAGUUGAUUAAAUUUGACAGUGAUGGGGUCUGUGUUUGCUGUGAAAUGCAACAUCAAACAUCAGGCUGCAGUAACUUGGGAGAAACACUGAAACUGAACCCUCUGCAGGAGUGUAAUGUUGUGAGGCUGACCCUAAAGGACCUGUUGUUCAGUGUGUGCGCUCUCAAUAUCAUCUCCACCAUUGUCUGUGCUUUGGCAACAGCAAUGUGUUGCAUGCAGAUGGUUUCUUCUGAUCUUCUGCAAAUGCAGGAUGAUAUCAUACAGUUUCUGCCACAGAGGCCCCGUUCUACAAAUCCUGACUGCAUGACUCCCCAUGGAACUAUCCUGCAUCAAACCCUGGAUUUUGAUGAGUUCAUACCACCAAUACCACCUCCACCCUACUACCCACCAGAAUAUACCUGCUCACCAGUCAUAGAGGCACAGAGAGGUCUCCAUUUGGAAUUUCCUCAUUCCCCAUUCAGUGGUUUAUAUGAAGUAACCAUUAACAGCCCGGGAAUGCUCUAUCCAACUGAGCUGCCCCCACCUUAUGAGGCAGUGAUUGGAGAGACACCUGCCAGCCAGGUUACUGCUAGUGAUCAGCAAGUAUCUGAGUCAAACUUGGGAGAGAGGAACGUCACCCUGGACUUCAGCACACAAGUUUCUGUUGCGAGCACUUCUUUGAUGGUCUGUGAGGCUGCUGGUAUCCCAGAGCAUAGCUGUUCCUCUGAAGAUCUUUGUUCACUGGAAGUUCAAGGAUCAAUUCAUUCUGCAGAUCUUUCUCCCUACUGUACAACCCCCAAAGGGGCUACGGACCAGCACCGCAGCACUCCUGAUUACAGCACCCACUGCAAGUUCCACAGAAUUCACUCAGAGAGCUUUCCUGAUGAGGAUGACCGUUCCCGCAGCCAAGCCUCUACAGACAGGUUUCAAGGACAGGAAAAGAACUGUGCCCGUGGCAGGUCCUUAAACUGUUCUUCAGAGAAUUUCAGCCUCUCAGAACUGCAGAGUUCUGCUCAAGAGAGCAAUGCCACACCACCUUUGAAACAGAAGAAAAUCUGCUGUGCAGACUUUAGCCAGCAUCCUGUCCCUUCGCAGACCUCUCCCUGUUUUGAUCCUGCAAAUACUUCAUCAUACACUAGCAGCCAGGAGAGUGCUGUCCAGCAGCAUCCCAUUAUAAAACACCAGAUUUCAAGUAUAGUCCGAUCAGCUAGUGACCCUGUGUCAUGCUCCUCUUACACAGCAGGUGAUAAUUGUGCUUGGACUCCUGUAUGUAGCCAGCGUCCAGAUGCAGGACUGUCUCCAGCUACAUUAGAAACGGUUCCUGUUUCUGGUUCUCAUAUGGCUGCCUCUGCUUGUCAGCAUUCUUUGAGCAGUUUCCUACCAACUGGAAAACAGAGGGAUACAAGGAAAAAUGAUCUACACCUAAAGCCAAAUGCUUUGCACACAGUCUCAAAAGAGCGACCGCAUUCUUUAGUGGACCUUAAAGCCUAUAAAGACACAAAAAUUUUAGUGGCAAAAUUUCUGGAACAUUCAAACUGUAAUCUCCCUCCAGAAGUACGUCAUGUAGUGAACAGCAUACGAUCAGUAAUAAAAUCUGAUGAGAAACACAUGGAAGAAGCCAUCUUCAGUGCCAAUAUUAUAGACCAGGUAAUUACAAGUUCCCAGCAGAACGUGAUUACCUCUAGAAAGCGACUUCAAGAUGAUCUUCAUCUUCAGAGCUGUGGUGCUCUAAGCUCUCCAGUUGCCUUCUUACGUAGGUCCCACAUCACUUGCGUUUCCGAGAGGGACAGGCCUCACAGUUUAAUUGGAGUGUGCCGGGAGACCAUCCUUUGAGAACGCUCGCAGGUAUGUGAUUCCAGCAAAGAGCAGUAAGGAAGAAACC